CUUGCUUAUCACUUACUGUCCGCUCACAGAAUAAAUACCCGAAGUAAAAAAGAAUAAAAAUAUGGGAAAACUAGGUCUUCUUGUCAAAUCGUGUCAUGCCAGGGGUCAGUUAGAAUAGCGUCAAAGAACUUUUUUCUUUCACGUCAUAUCCAGGAAGACCUUACUGUCCUUGAAAAGAAUUGUUUCUGAAGACCAUGCAUCUGAUUUGGUUACAUGGAGAAAUUCUAGAGUUUCCUGGUUGGGAGAGCCGGUGGUGACUGCGGGAGUGGAGCCCCUGUGCGGUGCCCAGCAUGGACAGUUACACAGUCCUGAGAGUGAUUGGGGAGGGCUCCUUUGGCAGAGCCCUUUUGGUUCAGCAGGAGAGCAGUAAUCAGAUGUUUGCCAUGAAAGAAAUAAGGCUUCCCAAGGUUUUCUCUGACACACAGAAUUCUAGGAAGGAGGCUGUUCUGUUAGCCAAAAUGAAACACCCCAAUAUUGUUGCCUUUAAGGAAUCAUUUGAAGCUGAAGGACAUCUGUAUAUUGUGAUGGAGUAUUGUGAUGGAGGGGACCUGAUGCAGAAGAUUAAACAUCAGAAAGGGAAGUUGUUUCCUGAAGAUAUGAUACUUAAUUGGUUUACACAAAUGUGCCUUGGAGUAAAUCACAUUCACAAGAAACGUGUGUUACACAGAGAUAUCAAGUCCAAGAAUAUCUUCCUCACCCAAAAGGGAAAAGUAAAAUUGGGUGAUUUUGGAUCUGCCCGUCUUCUCUCCAGUCCCAUGGCAUUUGCUUGUACGUAUGUGGGAACACCUUAUUAUGUGCCCCCGGAAAUUUGGGAGAACAUGCCUUAUAACAAUAAAAGUGACAUCUGGUCCUUGGGAUGCAUUCUCUAUGAACUCUGUACCCUUAAGCAUCCAUUUCAGGCAAAUAGUUGGAAAAGUCUUAUCCUCAAAAUUUGUCAGGGGUCCAUGAGCCCACUGCCAUCCCAUUAUUCCUAUGAGCUUCAGCAUCUGAUCAAGCAGAUGUUUAAAAAGAAUCCCUCAUAUCGCCCUUCAGCUACAACUCUUCUCUCCAGAGGCUCUUUAGCUCGGCUCAUCCAGAAGUGCUUACCCCCAGAGAUCAUCACAGAAUAUGGUGAACAGGUAUUAGAAGAAACCAAAAAAUCUAUGCCUAGUACACCAAGAAAAAAGGACCCCAGCAGAAUCAGGAUAGCUUUGGAAAAUGAAGCACGCACAGUGCAAAGGGAAGAACCAGGUGGAAAGUGUAGCCACACUGACUUAGAAAGCAUUAAUAAAAAUUCGGUUGAAAGUGCACUGAGGAGAGUAAACAGAGAAGAGAUAGCCAGUUCACCAGGUCCUCUCAGGCGACAGUGGGAGAAAAAUGUAUCCAGUACAGCUCUUACAGCUUUGGAAAAUGCAUCCUUACUCACCUCCAGUUUAACGGCAGAGGACGAUAGAGGAUAUUUGGUUAUCACACAUCAGAGCGCUGCUCAUACAGGUGGUUCUGUAAUAAAGUACAGUGAAAAUAAUACCCGUAAGCAGUGGCUCAAAGAGACUCCUGAGACCUUGUUGAACAUUCUUAAGCAUGCUGACCUCAGCUUGGCAUUUCAAACAUACACAAUAUAUAGACCAGCAAUUAUAGAUCCUGGAUUUUGUUUCUGGUCCAUUGAUGAAGAUGUUGUCAUUUCAGGUGCAGAAGGGUUCUUGAAAGGCCCCCUGUAUGAGGAAACAGAAGCAUCAGAUGAUGUUGAUGGAAGUCAUGAUUCUGUCAUUUUGGAUCCAGAGAGACUUGAACCUGGACUGGAUGAGGAGGAUACGGACUUUGAGGAAGAUGACAACUCUGACUGGGUAUCAGAACUGAGACAGCGAGCUGGCUGGCAAGGAGUAUCUGAUGGAUAACACCCAAGGAAAUGUUCCUUAGUCACACUGAGGAGACGUUUAACAUGAGGAAUUGAUAUUUGGAUAAUACUUAACUCACAGAAUGUGUAUUUUCCUUUAGAAACAGAGUGAAGAGAGGGAAACUGAAUAUUUAAAAUUAUUCCUGGUUAGUAUAAGGUAUAAAAAAUCUAGAACUCUUAUGAGUUUUUGAAUUCAGAGGAGAAGGCAUAGCAGAAUGGGUAUGAGGUUUGGGCUUUGUGGUCAGAACGGAAAUUGAAUGCUACCACCUAUUCCUUGUGUGACUGUGAGAAAUUAACCUCUUUGAGCCCGAAUUUCCUCAACUACAAAAUGAGGAUAACAAUGCUUACCUCACAGGGAUGCUGACCUUAGACCAUCACAGCAGCCCUUAAUGUUAUUAUUUCCAUUGUUAUGAUUUAUGCUUAUUUCUAGGUAGCUCUUUUUAUAUCUCCUAAAGGUUUGAGGACCUAAAUAUAUUUAAUUAUAACAUAAUAAUGUGUGUGAUUUUUCAGUAAGGCCUAUUUCUGGGUAGUGAUCAAUCAUCUUCAGUGAUCACCAACUACCAGCUGUCCUUAAAUACAGCCCCUCACAGGAUGCACAAAAGAGCCCAGGUCGGAGGAUCAGCCAUGGGAGGAGUGGGGUGGGCUACAGAACUGGUCAGAAGUUGGUGGUCCUGUAUAUUAGAAAGGAAUGGGGCCAAAGGUGAGAAGUCCAUACAGCUAGUAGCAGAAACCAGUGCUGUGGAACUAAUGGCGGGCAGGACCCCAACACGUCUGGGUUACCAGGACACACAUGUGCCGAGGCCUGUCAUUUCAUGCUGUGAUACUUUAGUGAAGGGAGACUAUUUUACUAAAGCAACUGGCUCUUCGCAGGGGAUCCCACAGGGGCAAGUGUGGGAACAGCAUAAGCCUGUCCUGGGAUAGGGAACGAUGCUCAAAUAAACAAAAGGGGGAAAUAGUUGUGAGACUACAGUAGGAUCAUUAAUAAAGGUCUGCUGAAAUGUG